CAGAUGUAUUCCCUCCAUGAGCGGAAGUUCAUGCGAAAGCGGAAAGGAGAGCGGGGGUGGAGGCAUGGUGAAGCCCAAGCCGGCGGUCCAGCGAAUAGGCACAUAUCCAUUCACCAGGGGUAGUCUCAACUCGAUUACUCUCUUCCUCGGUGGCCAAGGUACGAUGACCUGCCAGGCCCCGGAACAAGAUCUGCCGAGGUACUUUGUUCCGUCGGCGAGGGGCGCACCGAGGGCGAAUUCAUGAGGGGCUAGAUUCAGGGCAGAUGCAAGGUUCGAGAACCCCCGAGUCAGGGCUACCGCUAAUCACGGCAGGGUUCGUUCGGGGAGCGAGUGAGGCUGCUUUGGUCUCGAGAAGUAUAAGGUCCCUGUCAUUGCCAGUCAAGGGUAGGGUGAAGCUCGCUCCUCUCCGUUACCCCCUCCUUCCCUUCAUGCUUGGCAAGAUGCAAUGGCGACAGCUCGCAGCUUGGACAGCGGCUUUAACUCUGCUCCUUUUUACGGUAGCCGUUGAGGGCAAGAGUCUUAGGGGCGUGGAGGUGCAAGAUCAAAGCCCUCAGUACGUACCCAAUAGCUUCAUCGUUCAAUUUGACCCUGAUCAAGUCGCCGCAAAUGCCUGGGAGGAUGCACUCUCCGCAUAUGUGGCUGAUGUGUCACACAGACUGUCCAUGGAGAUCAUCGUUACCCACACCUAUGAAUCGCCGGAGAUCCAUCUAGGAGCGGCGAUACAAUUGCAGCCUGCCUCAAAGACCACCAUGGACUGGUCCCUUUCGGACGCUGGUCGAAGGGAGAUCAUACAUGCUCUCAAAAGCUCUCCUGCAGUACAGCGAGUGACGAAGAAUCAGUACUUACAGCCUCCGGCAAGCGUGCACGACCGAGGCUCCUCUAUCGGUGCUGGCGAAAGCAACUUACAGCAAGCUGCACUCGACCGACUCGAGCAGCCUAAAGCCCGAGCUCACGCUCGCGACCUUGGCAAGGGAACUCACAGCAGCAUCGACGCAUCCCAUGCAAUGCACGCCAUGAUGGGCGUUGAUCUCCAGCACAAGAGAGGAAACCUCGGCAAAGGUGUCACUGUGUGCGUCGUCGACGGCAUCGUCGAUUUUUCCCAUCCAGUACUCAACGGUGGUAGACCUGCAGGUGUUGACUGUAUGGGCGGUGAUUGUCCCGUACAGGGCGGCUAUGACUAUGUAGGCCCAGACUUCGACUUGGUCCAUCGCCACCCUGGUCCUCCAAAGAGCAAGAAUGCUUGUGGCCAUGCAACCCAAGUAGCAAGCAUCGUAGCAGGUCGAGAUCCAGACGGGCGAAUUUUAGGCAUUGCGCCCGAUGCCAAGCUGCGCACAUAUGGCGUCUUUUCCUGUUCCUUCAAAUCCUUCAACACUUCUUCAGGGGGCACCACUGUAGCAGAUGCUUUCGACAUCUACGACCGCGCCUACAAGGAUAAGUGCGACGUCCUCUGCGGGCCUCUGAGCGCCACAAGAGGCUGGCAAGAAGCCGACACGCUGGUCGCCUCCCGCCUUGCUCAACAGGGAGUCACUCUGGUAUACUCUGCUGCCAAUAAUGGGGACAGUGGACCUUUCUUGAUGGGAUCACCCGCUCUAGGCGAGGAGGUCAUUGCAGUAGGAUCAGUCUCGAACGCGAUUCUUCCUGGUUGGGCAUUGGCGAUUGAUCCUCCUCUUCCUGAUGGCACUUCGACCCUCAGGGUGUUCACUGACACGAGCUGGAAUUACAAUCGUACCGUGCCCAAAUUGCCCAUUCGCUUCAGCAAAGCUGCGUUGGCAGACCCCGACAUCAAGGACGAAGGCUGCUCACCACUUGGCGACGACGUUGUAGGCGGUGAGGACUAUAUCCUUGUCGUUUUUCAGGCCUCCGCUUGUGGGUUCCAGAAGCAGAUCGACAACAUCGCUGACAAGGAUGUGAAGUAUCUUCUCAGGAUAGUGUCGAAAGACUUCUUCCUGGUCUCGUACCCGACGGAGGUCAAAGGCACUCACAACAACGCAACGGUGACGAUGGCAAUGCUACCUACAGACAUGGGAUUGGCUCUCUACGAGGCCUACAAGAAGAAUCCUUCCAUCCAAGCAACUUUCUCUCCCGGAGGCGCCUUUGACGUAUUGACCGACUACCCUCAUCCCAGCGCAGGACUGAUGAGCUACUUCUCAUCAUGGGGCCCAGACAACGAGCUCAAGCUCGUCAAGCCAGACGUAGUGGGGAUUGGGAGUGAUACGCUGGGAGCUGUUCCUCUCCCUGUGAGAUAUGCAAUCACGGCUGGUAAUUCCUUCUCUACACCUACCGUAUCGGGCGCUGUGGCUCUGUACAAGUCGGUACACGGUCGUAACGUCUCGAGCGCCUCAGUCCGAAGAGCCUUGAAGCAUACAGCAACGCGAGUCAAGCGAAGAGACGGUGGCGGUGAUGAGAGCCUCUUCUGGGCUGGCGCUGGACUCGUCAAUAUCACUGCCGCCAUUGACCUCACGACCGAGGCAGACCCAAUCGAUUUCAACUUUGGUGCAAGUCCCAUCACUGAGUACCACAAGCAGCUCAUCAUCAGAAAUGUGGGCACAAAGAAGCAGAGCUAUAACGUCGCGCAUAUCCCUGCGCAAGCGGUGUACCUUCUUGAGGAAGGGGCGCCUGAGAAGAGACUCACGGUCAAUUCGUCGAUGAUCAGUGCCAUCCCUCAGAACGCGGAUGCGACGGCGACGAUGUCCUUGUACCAGAAUGUCUUUGAUCUAGAGCCCGGCAAGACCUACAAUUUCGAAUUCCGUAUCGACCCACCUCCCGACCAUCCACGGAUCAUCAUGUACUCCGGUCGCAUCUCCGUCGUCUGCCUCAACGACCCGAGCGGAACGGCCAACGUCCCCUAUACUGGCAUGGCAGGCUCGCUGCGAACCAUUCCUUCACUAGUGACCGGAGCAAACCCAUUCUCAACGAAGCUCCCUGCUCUGUUUGAGCCGGGGAACAAGGAACAGAUCAGGAAUGACUCGACCGUCUGGGCAUUGGACCCGGAGGACCCAACAUCUAGUCCGAACCUGGUGUACAUGACGCAGACGCCCACCGAGAGGCUCGUAAUCGAUAUCGUCGACGCGGACAUCGAUUUUCAAGCUACAAUCCCUAUUGUGGACGAUGCAGAGUGCUGCAAUUCCACACUGCCCACCGAGGGGCCAGAGCGAAGAGACUUGGCGUCCCUCGCGCUGCGCGAGGAUGGUGCAAACAUUACGGUCCCGGAGACGACUUCGGGAAAGGUGACAGGGAUGCGCUGGACCAAGUUCGACGAGGUGCCCAUCGUAGGCCGAAUGACCGACGAUGACAUUACGGGGCGCGACCAAUACUCGAAUACGCUCCUGCCAGGUGGAAGUUUCCAGACCUGGCCACUGGUACGUCUUGCUUUAUCCUAUUGUACCUCGUCACCUCUAGAUCCCCCCUUCUAAUCAUCUCUCUCUGUCCCCAUCGACUCCACCAAAUAGACUGCCACGCUGGACCUUCCUCCUCUCCAACCCAAAGGCGAUCCCAGCUCCACCACUCCCUCCUCCACCCCCUUCUCCCUCCCCGAAGGACGCUACCGCGUGCUGCUCCGUGCGCACAGGUUCCGUGGAGGACCUCUGGACGAGAUGAGCGAGUAUGACUCGUACUUGUCGAGGGUGUGGGAGUAUAGGAAGAAGCGAGAGGAGGG